CGUCUCCGUGUUGUGACAUCCUUGAGCUGCGGGCGUCAGUCGGGCUGACCCUCCUGCGGUCACCUCCUUCGCUGUGCCGCACCUGCCACCGCCGCCGCCCACCAUGGACACCGCAUCCUCGCCGCCGCCCAAUUAUUCAGGUAUGAUCCCAACGUCCCCCAGCCCACCUUUGGAUGCCCAGCCCGUGACAUACUGCGAGCCCGCCUUCUGGUGUUCCAUAUCGUACUAUGAGCUCAAUUCACGUGUUGGGGAGACCUUCCACGCGUCACAGCCCUCUCUCACAGUGGAUGGAUUCACAGAUCCUAGUAACAGUGAACGAUUCUGCCUUGGCCUUCUGUCCAAUGUGAACCGAAACCCAGUGGUAGAACAGACACGACGUCACAUUGGGAAGGGCGUCCGACUAUAUUACAUCGGUGGGGAGGUCUUUGCCGAGUGCCUCUCUGAUUCCUCAAUCUUUGUCCAGAGUCAAUGUAAUCAACGUUAUGGGUGGCACCCAGCCACUGUGGUCAAGAUCCCUCCUGGCUGCAAUUUGAAAAUCUUCAACAAUCAGGAGUUUGCCCACCAGUUAGCUCAGAGUGUGAGCCAAGGUUUUGAGGCAGUGUAUCAGCUGACCCGCAUGUGCACCAUACGCAUCUCCUUUGUCAAGGGAUGGGGGGCACAAUACAGGUGAGACUGGGAGACUUACUACUAACAUUAAAGUGAAGGCACAGGCCUUAUCAAACUUUGUAGUUAUUUGAUAGUUUGGAAAUGGAGACUACUGGAGUUUACCCAUUGUUCAAAAUAAAGUUGGCUUUUGGUA